CCUGCGCGGGAGGCCAGUAGGCUGGCAGUGCCGAGCGGACUCGUCCCCACCGACCGGCAGUCAGUGCGCUUGCGUGCGGUCCCAGCGCCGCGGUUCUUGACUGUGCUGUGCAGGGCGCUGGUUGUUGCCAUGCAGGGAGCGGACUCGGACCAGCCCUUCAAACGGCCCCGACGCGAUGGCAGCCCGAGAACCCCGCCAAACAUCCCUUCCGCGGCGGCGGAGAGCUCCCCGGGCCCCAAACUCCACCGCGACCACCAGACCUGGGGCCCGGAGCAGGUGUGCUGCUUCCUAAAGCGCAGUGGCUUCAGUGAUCCCGGACUGCUGGAACGCUUCCGAGGAAAUAAAAUCACAGGUUCAAUACUGCUCCAUCUUAAUGAGUCUGAUCUUGAAAGUCUUGGAAUAAGUACCUUGGGUGACAGAAAGAAGCUGCAUAAUUGUAUCCAGCAACUGAAGGAAAUUCAUGUUGAUGCAAUGAAGGUCAUUAAUGAUCCUAUCCAUGGCCACAUUGAACUCCACCCUCUCCUCAUCCGAAUCAUCGACACACCUCAAUUUCAGCGGCUUCGAUAUAUCAAACAGUUGGGUGGCAGUUACUAUAUUUUUCCAGGCGCUUCGCACAACCGAUUUGAGCACAGUCUAGGCGUAGGGUAUCUAGCGGGAUGUCUUGUUCGUGCGCUGCGUGAAAAACAACCAGAGCUGCAGAUAAGUGAACGGGAUGUGCUCUGUGUUCAGAUUGCUGGCCUUUGUCAUGAUCUCGGUCAUGGGCCAUUUUCUCAUAUGUUUGAUGGAAGAUUUAUUCCACUUGCUCGCCCAGAUGUGGAAUGGACGCAUGAACAGGGCUCAGUGAAGAUGUUUGAGCACCUAGUUAAUUCUAAUGGACUCAAAGCUGUCAUGGAACAUUACGGUCUCAUCCCUGAAGAAGAUAUUUGCUUUAUCAAGGAACAAAUUACAGGACCACUUGAAUCACCAAUCAAAGAUUCUUUGUGGCCAUACAAAGGGCGUCCUAAAGAGAAAAGCUUCCUUUAUGAGAUAGUGGCCAAUAAAAGAAAUGGCAUUGAUGUGGACAAAUGGGAUUAUUUUGCCAGGGACUGCCAUCAUCUUGGAAUCCAAAAUAAUUUUGAUUACCAGCGCUUUAUCAAAUUUGCCCGUGUUUGUGAAGUAGAUGAUAGGAAGCGUAUUUGUACUAGAGAUAAGGAGGUUGGGAAUCUGUAUGACAUGUUCCAUACCCGUACCUCUUUGCACCGCAGAGCUUAUCAACACAAAGUUGGCAACAUCAUUGAUACAAUGAUUACAGAUGCUUUCCUCAAAGCAGACCCCUACAUAGAAAUUGUAGGUGCUGAAGGAAAAAAGUAUCACAUUUCUACGGCAAUUGAUGACAUGGAUGCCUUCACUAAGCUCACAGAUAACAUUUUCCUGGAGAUUUUAUAUUCUUCUGAUCCCAAACUGAAUGCAGCACGAGAGAUUUUAAAAAAAAUUGAAUGCCGUAAUCUAUACAAGUAUGUGGGUGAGACUAAACCAAAAGGAACAACAAAAAUUGAAAAGGAAAAUUAUAAAAGCCUUCCAGAAGAUCUCGCUGAUUCUAAACCUAAGGACAUCUUGAUAGAAACUGAACUAAAGGCUGAAGACUUCAUAGUGGAUGUUAUCAACAUGGAUUAUGGAAUGGAAGACAAGAAUCCUAUUGAUCAUGUUCGCUUCUAUUGUAAGAGUGACCUCAGCAAAGCAGUCAGGAUUACUAAAGAUCAGGUUUCAGAGCUUUUGCCAGAGAGGUUUGCAGAGCAGCUAAUUCGCGUAUACUGCAAGAAGACUGAUGCAAAGAGCUUGUUUGCUGCACACCAGUACUUUGUUCAUUGGUGCUUAAUCAGAAACUUCACCAAGCCACAGGGUAAGAUUUUACUCUGCCUGAAUGUGGAGUUCUCACCAGGGACCAAAUGUCAUCCCAGAGAAGUUUCCUGGAUCACCCUGUCUAAAGUAGCCCUUCCUCCCACACCCUGUGUCCUUUUCCUCAGCAUUGACCACCCUUUGAGGUGACCCUCUCCGUAUGCCAAUGUCCCAAUGCCUGCCCCACUAACAUGUAAGCUCUGUGAGGGCUGUCUUGAUUCCCAGCAGUAUUCCCAAGACAUGGCAUAGAUAUCUGUUGAAUGAAUGAAUUAUUCAAGAGUCAAUUUGGCUAAUAAAAAUAUUUUUAGAGGGCCACAAAGGUAUAGCAUAUUACGGCCUGAAAUUAGUUGUUCAAAAUAUUCUAUGAGCAACCAAAGGGUUUUUGGCAAGAAAAUAGAUUAAUAAAAAUAAGCGUGGGCUCAGAAGAGGUGAGAUAAUAUUAACACGUGACCAUGAGAAGACAGAACCAUUCAAUUCCUCCUCUACUUUCAUCGAAGAAUGUGACCUUCAGACUUGAAGGAGUAACAUAAACAUUGGUACAGAAGAAACUAAGACCAUGUUCAUGGGCUGUUUGGAAUCACCAUCAAGGAGCCACUGGGAAUUCAUAAAGAACACAAGAGGUGCCAAACGACCAAAGGUAGGUAAAGAUUACCCAGGUUUUAAAAAAACAGGAUUCCAUGGCAGGAGACUGUGAAGACAGCCCCUGUAAAAAAAAUUCAUUUCAUUCAACAAAAUUUUUAAAGCAUUUAGUACCAGGCACUGUUUUAUGUUCUGGGUAAAAUGGUGACUGUAAUAGACAGAAUUUCUUGCCCUCACGGGACUCCCAUUCUAGCAGGCAGGGGCAGGUAACUAAGUAAAAUAUGCUAGGUGGUGGCAAAUGCUAAGGAUAAAAAAGUAGAUAAGGACAAAAAAGGGUUUCCAAGGAAUAGAAUGUUGUAAAUUUAAAUUAGUUGGUCACAGAGGGCCUCUCUGUGAUAGUGACAUUUGAGCAGAAUCCUAAAGGAGGUGAGAGCUGAGCCAUGUGGUGAUCCAGUAGAAGGCAAGCUAGGCAGAACAGCAUGUGCAAAGGCCCUGAGGUGGGAGCAGGCCUGCAUGUUUAAGGACCAGCUCAGAGCUCAUUGUGGCUAGAGCAGAGUGAGGGAAAGGAAAAACAGCAAGAAACAACAUAAGAGAGAGGCCAGAAAAUGUAGGACUUACAGGUUAUUAUAAAGACUUCAGCUUUUCUCCAAGAAAGGAAGCCAUUGGCAGGUUGAAGCCAAAGAGUGACAUGCUCUGACUUACCUUUUUAAAAGGAACACUCUAGGUAUUGUGAUGACUGAGGUGGAAGCAGAGAGACCUGUUAGGAGGCUAUAGCAGGAACAAGGACAAGUAAUGAUGGUGGCUUGAACCAGGUGACAGCAAAGGACAUGGUGAGAAGUGGUGGGUUCUGAAUACAGACAGAGAAGGCAGAGCCAUCAGGAUUCACUGACAGCUCAGACAUAGGAUGUGACAGAGAGGAGUCAAGGACUCAAAAAUUUUUGGUCUCAGUAGCAGAAAACACGGAGGUGCCAUUAACUUCACUGGGGAAGAUGGCAGGACGAGCCGAUUUUAGCGGGAAAGUCAGGAGCUCGGUUUUGGACAGGUGAGGCUCGCAAUGCCAUGUCGGAGGUCCAAGCAGAAAUGCUGGGUACUAGUUGGAUAUAUGUCAGUUUGGAGUCCAGGGGCAGAAGCUAUCAGUACGUGGAUGGCAUGGAAAGCAGUGAGAAUGGACGAGACGUUGAAACAAACAAGGGUAGACAAGAGUCAAGAACCAAAAACUGAGUUCUGGGCCCCUGUGAUGUUAAAAGGUUUGGGAGAGGAGGAGCCAGCAAAGGAUUCUGCCAAGGAGUUAUCAGUGCAACAGGAGGAAAAUCCUAGAACUUUAGAAUUCUAGCAUGUGAAUACAGGAAGGCAAGUAGUAAUUAGAAUCCAGCAUGGGUUUACUGUGAACUGCAGACCCCUUUCCUGUUUCCUGGAAAGAGUACCAGGCUGGCUGAUAGAGGCAAUGCAAUAGAUAGAGUGUGUUUUGCCUGUAGCAAGGAGUCCAGAGCUCCUUGUGACCUACUUGUCAUGUGCUCAAGUAAUCGCUGAGUAUAUGUGUAGGUUCUCGGUCCAUUCAUGGGAGGAGAGAUCUCUAACAGCAAACAAAAACACUUGGAACUGGUUCUUUAUCCACUGAACAAAUAUUUCAUGAGGGCAUGCUAUGCCAACGCAGAGGGCUAUGCCCUCCCUCACACUCUGACCCCCUACCCAUUCGCCUGUUGGGUUCCUAAAUGGGCAUUGCCUUCUUUCCAAUUACUGUGCCUUUGCACGUGCUCCAAGAAGACUUUUCCCUAUGCCCUCCAUCACCUGGUGAUCUUCUGUUUGUCCAUCAAGACGCAAUGCAAGAAGCUCCUCCUCUGGGAAGUCUCCUUUGAUCUCCCCACCUCCACUUCAUCCAUGUGCUUCUCCUUGGGGUGUCUUCCACAGCACUGAUCACUCUAAAUUGUACUCAUCUCUCCUCUGCAAGCCUGAGAGCAUCUCAGGGCAGAGAACUUCGGACAUUUAGAGAGGUAGUGUAGUGCUGUGGCUGAGUUUCAAGCUCCAGGGCCUGUUCCUGCAUCGCAUCCUCACUACCGACUGGCUGUGUGAGGUUGAGCAAGUGACUCAACCUCUCUGUGCCUCAGUUUCCUCAACUGUAAGAUGGUGCUGAUAAUAGUAUGUACCUCAUAGGAAUGUUGUCAAUCGAAUGCACGAAUUUGUGAAAUGAGAUUAGAAACUAAUCUGGGCUGACAGCUCAGAGCCUGGAGACUGCUUCGGAUUCUGUGUCUCCUUUUCUCUCUGCCUCUCCCCCACUCGCACUGUUUCUCUCUCUCUCUCAAAAAUAAGUGAACAUUAAAAAAAAAUUUUUUUUUUAGGGUAGUGUCGUCUUUCAUGCCAGGCAUGCAGUGCUAAGUAGUUUUGUUCACUAAAUAGCCCAGAGAUGGAAAAGCUUUAGAUGGGAGGGGUUGGGGACAAUUCCCCUUCCUCCUUCAAAAGCCCUGCUCUCUGGCAGCAAGUGCCAUAUGACGACACCAGUCAUCUUGUCUCUGCCGGUCACCCACCUCCUAGUCACCAGUCACCAUUAAUUAGAGGCAUGAGCUCUGGCUCACCAUCCUCUCCUCCUUCCUAAUUUCUGCCUUUGUCUUUGGUGAACUUUGCCAUCCACACGGACCCAUCCAAUGGCUGCCCUCAGCUCCUCUCCUCUUCCUCUCAAGGGCUUUUCUUAUACCCACCUCAGCCACUGUCCCUUACAGUCACAGCCAGGAACCUUACCAGUCUGUUUCCAACGUCCCUCGCUCUGUGUCUUAUAUUCCAACACACUGUCCCACUUGUGUCAUUGCCCCAAGUCUCUGACCUCAAGGCCACUUCUCAUCUGUUGUUUUCAUCUUUGCCUCAUUGUCCUUCAGCCUCCCUGGCUUCCCUUCCCCCACCGAUCCUGUAGGUUCUGUGGUCCAUUUUGUAUUUUCACUCCCUUCAACUUCUGCUUCCCUCUCUCCCUCUGUCAAACCAGCUUGGCCAAAGUCCCAUCCUGGAUGAGCCCUCCCAAGGACUCUGUCCAUGCCUCAACCCGAGGACCUGAAUGCAGCUGGAGGAAAACACGUGCCCAAGUGACUGGCUUGCCUUUACACUGACACUCCCCACCUCCAGUUAAUGCUACGUAGC